AUGGCACAAGAUACGUCCUCCAAAAUCUACAAACACGCCGACUCUGACGGCCAUUUCCGGCGUCCAGACGCUGCCUUCCGCUCUUGGGUCUCACGCUCCCCAGACGCAGAAUUCCCCCCCGAAAAAGACCGCUACGUCCUGUACCUCAACUACGGCUGUCCCUGGGCCCACCGCACCAACCUCGUCCGCAGCCUAAAGGGACUGGAGGACAUCAUUCAGCUCGUCGUCUGUGACUUUGAGCUCGGCCCCGACGGCUGGAUCUUCAACGGACGCAAUGGGUCUUCCAAGAAAGAUCCUCUGUACGGAUUCACCAAGAUGAAAGAGCUGUAUCUCAAGGCGGACCCUGGCUACCAGGGACGGUACACGAUCCCCGUGCUGUGGGAUAAGAAGCGCGAGACGAUCGUGAACAACGAGAGCAGUGAGAUCAUCCGCAUGUUCUACUCCGAGUUUGACGACCUGCUACCCGCAGAGCACCGCGAGGAGAAUAAGCCCGGGGGCGGAUUCUACCCUGAGCAUCUUCGAGAGCAGAUCGAUGAGAUGAACGCAUGGGUGUAUGACCGGAUCAAUAACGGUGUGUACAAGACGGGGUUUGCGACGACGCAGGAGGCGUAUGAGGCGAAUCUGUAUCCGCUCUUCGAAGCGCUGGAUCGUGUCGAGGCGCACCUUGCGCAGCCGGGGCACCAGCCGUAUUUAUUUGGGGAGCAUAUCACCGAGGCUGAUGUGAGGCUGUAUACGACCAUUGCGCGGUUUGAUGUUGCGUAUUAUCUGAUCUUCCGGUGUAAUCUGGGGAUGAUCAGGCACGAUUAUCCCCUCAUUGACGCGUGGUAUCGCCGAUUGUAUUAUGAUGAGUCUGAGAAGACGAGAGGAGGGGUGUUUAAGAAGACGACAUUCUUUGAUGUUUAUAAAUUUGGCUACCUGGUGUCGUUAGGCAAGAAACAAGGCCUUGAUACCUCCCAGCUCGUCAUUCCUGCCGGGCCAAAGCCUUCCAUCUUACCUCAAGAUGCAUAG